GGAAAUCUUUUUAUUCAAGGAGACCGGGGAUGGUUGAAUUGGUACUCCAAGACGCCCAAUAUUUUUUGUCAAAUAUUCGUAUGCAUAAAUCAUACGGAGAUGUAGAAUUGUUUAUUCAAUUUGAUCGCAGCCUGUAAGAACAAGUCAAAUCUUCUUCACAAGCAUUCUAUCAGUUCCAACUUUCAACGCUCUACUUCUCCUCCCCUGCUUCCUUUGGCUCUCUCAUUCUCUCCUCCACCCCAGAUGGAUCUGCAGAACUCCUACCCAUUCGAGAAAACAUUCUCCAAUUUCAUCGGCAUCAUCAUCUUCACCACCCUCCUCGACAAAAUCCUAUCAAUCGACCCAAAUUAUGAGGCCUGCGCCCCGCAGAACUGUGGUUCUCAACCAAACAUAAGCUUCCCCUUUUGGAUUGGUGGUAAACAAGAAUCCUUCUGCGGCCUCCCCAAGCUUGAGAUCACCUGCGAUAAUGCAAACCCAGUUCUCAAAAUUUCAGAUGAUGAUUUUGUCCUCAAAGAUGCCUUCAAAAUUCUAUCCUUUCUGCUGAUUAAACGUACCCUUUUCGACAAAUCAUGCCCAACUCCGCUGCCUAAUUUCCCCGGGACUUCCUUUAGUAAUAGCUCUUCGCUUGAAAAUCUCUGCUUGUUCUAUAGCUGCACCGGGGAGCCUCCUGAUUACUCCAUUACUAUUAACUGUGCAAGCAAUUAUACUCAUGUCUCCUUCGCGGUUUUUGCCAAGCAUCUUCCAUCUUGCUCGAAUUUUUCGAAGUACUCAUGCCAGUCUUGGGUUGAAGUACCUUUAGAUGUUGAUAAUUAUUCAAUAAAAGACGAGGAGAAUGUCAAGGAAAUGUUGAACAACGGGUUUGUUCUCUCUUUGAGUGAACAAAAAUGCGGCGAUUGUGAGGAAAGUGGUGGGCGCUGUGGAUUUGAUAACACUGAGUUCAUCUGUUUUUGUCCAGAUCGACCCUAUAACAAUAAAUGUCCCUCUGUUAGAGCUAAACCCCAUGGAAUAAAUUGGGUAGUGAAGACCGUUAUAGGCAUAAUUGCUGCAAUCUUGGGCAUGGGUUUAAUGUGCAUUGUCUUCUUGAUCUAUCUACGCCGGAAUAGAAAACGCUACACUCCUUCAUCCUUACUCUCUCGAAACAUAUCUUCUGACCCCUCGUCAGUUAUGGAGUCUGAGAAGUCUGGCAUCUACUUGGGAGUCCAUAUCUUCUCCUACCGUGAGCUUGAAGAAGCAACUAAUAAUUUUGACCCUGCUAAAGAACUUGGUGAUGGAGGCUUUGGCACUGUAUACCAUGGCAAGCUCCGAGAUGGACGUAAUGUUGCAGUCAAGCGCUUGUAUGAAAACAAUUGCAGGAGAGUUGAGCAGUUCAUGAAUGAAGUUGAGAUUCUAACUUGCUUGCGACAUCAAAACCUUGUUUCUCUUUAUGGCUGCACCUCUCGCCACAGCCGUGAGCUCCUACUUGUAUAUGAAUAUAUUCCCAACGGAACAGUUGCCGAUCAUCUUCAUGGCAACCGUGCAAAUGCUGGCUCACUUACAUGGCCUAUCCGGAUGAGCAUUGCAAAAGAGAGUGCGAGUGCUUUGACAUAUCUCCAUGCUUCCGAAAUUAUCCACAGAGAUGUCAAAACCUACAAUAUUCUACUUGACAGUAAUUUUUGUGUUAAAGUUGCAGAUUUUGGGCUCUCUCGUCUCUUUCCAACCGAUGUUACUCAUGUUUCUACUGCUCCACAAGGGACUCCUGGUUAUGUUGACCCAGAGUAUCAUCAAUGCUACCAGCUUACAGACAAGAGUGACGUUUAUAGCUUUGGAGUUGUUUUGAUUGAGCUUAUAUCAUCGAAGCCACCUGUCGACAUCACUAGGCAUCGGCAUGAAAUCAAUUUAUCUAACAUGGCCAUUAACAAGAUCCAAAAUAAUGCAUUGCACGAGCUUGUUGAUCCAUCUCUUGGGUUUGAGACAGACUACAAGGUAAGAAAGAUGAUAACAGCCGUAGCAGAGUUGGCAUUUCGGUGUUUGCAAAAUGAGAAGGAAAUGAGACCUUCCAUGGAAGAGGUGUUGGAGGGUCUAAAGGCUAUUCAAGCUAUGGUAGACAACGUAGAAAAAGCGGAGGGGGAUAGUCUAUCAGAUGAUGUUGUGCUGCUAAAGAAUAAGACACUCAUACUUUCACCAGAUACCGUGACUGUAAAUUGGGCUAGUAGGUCGACAACACCUAAUACCAGUGGUUAGAUUUUCCCUCUCACUUCACUUAAUUUUCAUGUACAAAGUGAUGUGAAUGUUAUAUAGUUAGUAACAUCAUAUGUAACACCGUCCCCUUCCCCAACUGAGGGAAAAAAAAAAGGUUGAUUUGUUUUCA